AUGGCUCUCUCAUCUGGAGAAACCGACCCGGUUUUGCGUAACCUCAUGGACAUUAUGUACAACAACAACAACACCAACGACGAGCACAUGGUCCCCAACGGACUGAAGCGGCCGGAGUCCUCUUCCUUGUCCUCGGUGCCUGUUCCUCUUCCUCUUCCACCACAGCUGAUGUCGACCUCGACCUCCAAGGCUCCUCCUCGGGCCCCCCCGAUGACGACCUUGACCGCUCGUCGACCACCAUCACGAGUCGGCAAGCAGACAUCCAGCUUCCACACCCUGAUGAAGCAAGAGGAGAUCCGUCAUCAACGAAAGAUCCUGGAGAUCCGUCGUGCCCACGAGGGUCCCAAGGAGAGGACGGAAAGAAACAUGCUGGCCAUCUCCCAACUCCCCGAGUUUCAAAAGCACGCCAUACCCAUGAGGAACUAUAUGUUCAACAAGAUUUUGGUCGGUUAUGCCAACAACAAGCAAAUCGCAGGCCAUAUCAUCGACCAAGGCUGCUUGGCCGAACUCCAAGAUCAAAUCCGUCAAGACGAACAGAACCUCCACCAUUGCCUCUCCGCCCUCCCCGACUCUCGUGUCGACGUCAGACAACUCGCGUGGGAUUACCUACACAGCCGAGCAAAGGAGGAGGCCAGGAAGUUGUGGCAGGAAGUUAGAAACGUUCCGACCUUGCUCAAGGCCAUCGACGAGAUGCUGCUCUCGGAGGAGGAGCACCCGGACUUUGCUUCGAUCGACACCCCGGACUUCCCAAACGUUGUUGACGAAAACAACAACAACAACAAAAACGACAACCGAAAUGCAAAUGCAAGUGCAAAUACAAGUGCAAAGGCAACUGAACCUUUCAUGUGGAAGCCUCCUCCUAUUCCGCCCAUGUAUUAG